GGGGAAGUCCUGUGGAAGGGUACUCUAAGUCAGGUUUAGAAUCCAACAAAAAAAUCGGAAAACCUUUGAGUGGCAACAUUCACAGUCCUGUAUGGGGAAAACAACUGAAGUUUGACCUUGGUACUUGUCCAUACACGAGGGAUGCAUUGUUGUACCCAGUUUAUAGAUGAAACAGGAUUAAUUAGAGUAGUUGAAUGAAUUGCCCCACUCAGUCUGGAUUUGAGCCUAGAUCUGUAUGACUCUGGCUCUCUCCUCAAUACCACACUGCUGUAAGGAACUUAACAUUGCAUUCAAUUUUAGCAAGCCUCUCUUGUGUGUCAGGCACUGUGCUGGGUACUAGUUCUCUGCUUUGUACUUCUGUCCCUCUAAAAUCCAUCCUCCAUGCUGGAGAAAUCUACCUUUGAGGCAAGGCGGACUGUGGCGCAUGUCACCUUACAAGCUUUUAGCGGCUCCUCGCUGCCCGCAGGAUAAAGUCCAAGCUCUUUAGCCUGUACACAAGGCUCCUUAUUAGCUUGCUCCAUAGUCUCUUUGGCCUUCUCUUCCACUACUCUUCACCAUGCACUUUGUGCUGUGGUCCUCAUGAAUUGGUUGUAGUUUCUCCUCCUCCUUGCUCAGGCUAUACUGUCUCUGAGAGGAAUGCCCUUCUUGCCCUUUUUUGCCUGCUAACUUCUCCUCACCCUUCAUAGCUUACCUCAGACUUCCUGUCCUACAGGAAGCCUUUCCUAAUAUCCACUGCUCCCACUCCAGUUAGGUCCCUCUUCUGUGCAUCUUUGUCAUUGCAUUUCCCACACCAUAUUGCAGUUAUCUCCCCUGCUAGGCUGUGACCUUCUUGAGGACAGCAAAAGUGUUUUACUCUUCCCUGCCCUUAGUAGAGUUUGGAGCUGACUUAUGAUAGAGAUGAAUGAGAGACAGUCUGUUUAAGGAGCUUCUAGGACAAAAGAGACUUUAACAUUUCAUAGGCCCCUUCCAUUUAACAGCUUUUCAUAUAUAGUUUCUUAAUAGUCCUCUCAUAAUGUUGUGAUGUAGGUGGUGAUGUUUCGAUUUUACAGAUGAGGAAGAGACUCAGGUUAUCGCUUGCCAAGAGUCCUCCUAAGCAACAGAACUGGGAUUUGAACCUAGGUCUGUCUGAUUUAUAAAACCCAAUGUCUUCCAUUCCACUCGCUACCUGGUACUGGUUCCUGUAAGUAACUGUUUAAAGACUGAUGAGGCACCUUGAUUGUGAAGCUCUGACAGAACAGUGGGUAAACAGGGCUAGGAGAGCAUCAUUUUGUCUGGGAAUGUGGGGUCAUUUCAGGGAGGAGGAGAUGGAGGGAAUUGCAGAUAGCCCAAGGGAUCUCAAGAGUCUGAUAGGAAACUGAUAGUUGCUUCUGAGGAGAUAGAGAAGUACUAUAUUUGUUCUGUAUUUUAUUUUACGGAUAAUAAUCGCUAUUACUUUUUGAGCCCCUGCUAUGUGUUAUUUUCUAUAGUCUCUCAACAAACCCCUUCAGGUACGUAUUGCUAUUCUUUUCAUCUUAUAGAUGAGGAAACUGAGACUCAGAGAAAUUAAAUUACUUGUCCAGGGUCACACUGAAUAAGUGGUCAAGCUAGGACUUGGGUCUAAGUCUAAUGCAGUAUGGCUUUAAAAUAUUCUAUACUGUGUCCCCAAACAUAGAUGUGUCAGAAACGGGAUUUGAACACAAAGUUUGGUGUAGUUAUCCAACAGGGAAGAAAUCCCUUUCAGCCUUGGGAUGGCCAAAUGGCCAGCCAUCUUGAUGUUUGGUUGCUUACAAAAUGCUUUUAUGUCCAGUCUCACAUGUGAGCCUGGGAGGUGGCUUGCCUCAGUUCUCCCAGUAGUCCAGGUUCUGUACUACUAACAAUGACCUCUUCCAUGCCUCCCCACUGCCCCUCAUCCUGCAGAGAGAGCGCCAUUCCUGUGGAUGUGGCUCGGCAACGGGAGUUGAAGUGGCUGGAGAUGUUCAGUAACUGGGAUAAGUGGCUGUCAAGACGUUUCCAGAAGGUGAAGCUGCGCUGCCGGAAGGGGGUCCCCUCCUCCCUCAGAGCCAAGGCUUGGCAGUACCUGUCCAAUAGCAAGGAACUCCUGGAGCAGAAUCCUGGAAAGUUUGAGGAGCUGGAACGGGCUCCUGGGGACCCCAAGUGGCUGGAUGUGAUUGAAAAGGACCUGCACCGCCAGUUCCCUUUCCACGAGAUGUUUGCUGCUCGAGGGGGGCAUGGGCAACAGGACCUGUAUCGCAUCCUGAAGGCCUACACUAUCUACCGGCCUGACGAGGGCUACUGCCAGGCCCAGGCCCCAGUGGCCGCAGUGCUGCUCAUGCACAUGCCUGCUGAGCAAGCCUUUUGGUGCCUGGUACAGAUCUGUGACAAGUACCUCCCUGGCUACUACAGUGCAGGAUUGGAGGCCAUUCAGCUGGAUGGAGAGAUCUUUUUUGCGCUACUGCGUCGGGCUUCCCCAUUGGCGCAUCGGCACCUGCGGCGGCAGCGCAUUGACCCUGUGCUCUACAUGACAGAAUGGUUCAUGUGCAUCUUUGCCCGCACCCUGCCCUGGGCUUCAGUGCUACGUGUCUGGGACAUGUUUUUCUGUGAAGGCGUCAAGAUCAUCUUCCGAGUGGCCCUGGUGCUGCUGCAGCACACGCUGGGCUCAGUGGAGAAGCUGCGCUCCUGCCAAGGCAUGUAUGAGACCAUGGAGCAGCUGCGCAACCUGCCCCAGCAGUGCAUGCAGGAGGACCUUCUCGUGCAUGAGGUGACUAACCUCCGAGUCACAGAGGCACUGAUUGAGCGGGAGAAUGCAGCACAGCUCAAGAAGUGGCGGGAAACCCGGGGGGAGCUGCAGUAUCAGCCCUCACGGCGACUCCAUGGUUCCCGGGCCAUCCAUGAGGAGCGCCGGCGGCAGCAGCCACCCCUGGGCCCCUCUUCCAGCCUCCUUAGCCUCCCUGGCCUCAAGAGCCGAGGCUCCCGGGCAGCUGGUGGGGCCCCCUCCCCACCCCCUCCUGCCCGAAGGGCCAGUGCUGGGCCUGCUCCAGGGCCUGUGGUCACUGCUGAGGGACUGCAUCCAUCCCUUCCCUCACCUACUGGCAACAGCACCCCGUUGGGCACCAGCAAGGAAGCCCGGAGGCAGGAGAAGGAGCGGCAGAAACAGGAAAAGGAGAGUGAGAAGGAGCGGCAGAAACAGGAGAAAGAGCGGGAGAAGCAGGAGAAGGAGCGGCAGAAGUGGGAAAAAGAGCAGGAGAAGGAGCAGCAGAAACAGGAGAAGGAGCGGCAGAAGCAGGAGAAGGAGCGGCAGAAGCAAGAGAAGGAACGGCAGAAGCAGGAGAAGAAGGCCCAAGGCCGGAAGCUUUCACUGCGUCGAAAGGCCGAUGGGCCCCCAGCCCCUCAGGAUGGCGGGGACAGGUCCUCGGCAUCUGAGGCCCGGCAGGAUGCUUACUUCUGACCUCUACCCUGGGGUGGACUGCAUGGCCCCCCUUUUCCCCUCAGCCAAGAGCAGGCCUGACCUGCUGCCCCCAGCCCCCUUGGUGGGCCAUCCCUCUCUGAGGAAAGUGGCUUGAUUACCCUAUCUCCUCAUGCCAGCUGCUGAUCCUACACAGCCAAGACAGUCACAGUGCAUGGGGCAGCUGCAUUUCCCUGAGGCA